AUGCUGCGCCUGCUGGCAUUCCUCCUGCACUGCCUUCCACUGGCCUAUGGGGACUAUGACAUCUGCAAAUCUUGGGUGACCACGGAUGAGGGCCCCACGUGGGAAUUCUACGCCUGCCAGCCCAAGGUGAUGCGCCUGAAGGACUACGUCAAGGUGAAGGUGGAUCCCUUGGGCAUCACAUGUGGAGACCCCCCUGAGAGGUUCUGCUCCCACGAGAACCCCUACCUGUGCAGCAAUGAGUGCGAUGCCUCCAACCCGGACCUGGCCCACCCGCCCCUGCUCAUGUUUGACAAGGAGGAUGAGGGGUUGGCCACGUACUGGCAGAGCGUCACUUGGAGCCGCUACCCGAGCCCCCUGGAGGCCAACAUCACCCUCUCCUGGAACAAAAGCGUAGAGCUGACAGAUGACGUGGUGGUGACCUUCGAGUACGGCCGGCCCACGGUCAUGGUCCUGGAGAAGUCGCUGGACAACGGGCGCACGUGGCAGCCCUACCAGUUCUACGCCGAGGACUGCAUGGAGGCCUUCCACAUGCCCGCGCGCCGCGCCAGGGACCUGUCCUCCAGCAGCGCGCACCGGGUGCUGUGCACCGAGGAGUAUUCGCGCUGGGCCGGCUCCAAGAAGGAGAAGCACGUCCGCUUCGAGGUGCGAGACCGCUUCGCCAUCUUCGCCGGGCCAGACCUGCGCAACAUGGACAACCUCUACACACGCUUGGAGAGCGCCAAGGGCCUCAAGGACUUCUUCACGCUCACGGACCUGCGCAUGCGCCUGCUGCGGCCGGCGCUGGGCGGCACCUACGUGCAGCGCGAGAACCUCUACAAGUACUUCUACGCCAUCUCCAACAUCGAGGUCAUUGGCAGGUGCAAGUGCAACCUGCACGCCAACCUGUGUUCUGUGCGCGAGGGCAACCUGCAGUGUGAAUGUGAGCAUAACACCACUGGCCCGGACUGCGGCAAGUGCAAGAAGAACUUCCGCACGCGAUCCUGGAGGGCUGGCUCCUACCUGCCGCUGCCCCACGGCUCCCCCAACGCAUGCCUUGGCAAGUCCCGGAAAGGUCCUGCCCCCAAAGCCCCUGUGCCCACUGUGGCCACGAGGGAGGAUCCUACCACUCCUGCCCCCCUCACAUCCACUACUCAGGCCCUGACGGCCCCCAGCACCCCACAGCCCACAGCUGUGGGCGUCUCUGCUUUUGCCCCUCCCCCUGCCAAGGUCUCCAAACUCUUCCAGCUCAAGCCCAAAUCUCCUCAAGUGGUGCCUAUUGAAGAAUUUCCAGACUGUGAGUGCUACGGCCACUCUAACCGCUGCAGCUACAUCGACUUCCUGAAUGUGGUGACCUGUGUCAGCUGCAAACACAACACACGGGGCCAGCACUGCCAGCACUGCCGACUGGGCUACUACCGGAACGGCUCUGCCGAGCUGGAUGACGAGAAUGUCUGUAUUGAAUGUAACUGCAACCAGAUCGGGUCUGUGCACGACCGGUGCAACGAGACGGGUUUCUGUGAGUGUCGCGAGGGCGCAGCGGGGCCCAAGUGCGACGACUGCCUCCCCACGCACUACUGGCGCCAGGGCUGCUACCCCAACGUGUGCGACGACGACCAGCUGCUCUGCCAGAACGGCGGCACCUGCUUGCAGAACCAGCGCUGCUGCCCCCUGGUGGUCAGAGAUUACCAAGUGGAGUCUGUCAACAGGAACCCUGGGGAGCCCGGCUUCAUCCAAAUGGCCCUGGCUGUCAGGGGAAAGGCCUCCCCAUACGCCCCUCACAGCAGCCAUGCCCCCACCCUGGCCCCUCUAAAUAAAAGGCCUGUGAUCCUGAAGGGCAGGUCCAAGGAGGGCAGUCUGCAGGAAGGCCGGGUGGGUUCACCUCCAGGCACCCCGGCUCCAAAUGGCAUCUGGCCAGAGGAAGUUGCCUUUGCUGACUGA